AACAUAACAUUCACCUCAAUUUGGCAUAGAGAGAGCGAAAAAUCGCUUCUUGCAUUAAAUCUCACAACUUUUUUCACAGGCAGGGCAUAUAUUUGGGGACAAUGAAGGGACUGGAUGUUGAGGUAACAGUGCCGACCUAUCUGAGAUGCCCGAUUUCGCUGGAGCUAAUGAAGGAUCCUGUGACUCUCUGCACCGGAAUUACUUACGAUCGACAAAGCAUUGAGACCUGGUUAGAUUCCGGCAACAAUGUCUGCCCCGUCACAAAUCAGAUUCUGCAUACCCACGACGCAAUUCCAAAUCAUACUCUCCGCCGGUUUAUUCAAGAUUGGUGUGUUGCCAACAGUGCCCAACGGAUUCCUACGCCCAAGGCGCCUCUUGAUCAGGCCCAGCUCAGUGCAAUUCUCGCAGAGAUUUCGGCCGGCGAGAAGGAAUCGAUACGUAAGCUGAGAAGACUGGGGAAGGAAAGCGAGAGGAAUAAAAGAUGCAUUGUUUCGUCAAAUGCAUCUUCUGUUCUCGCAUCAGUUUUUGCCAAACACAGCACAAAGGCUUUGAAUCGGUCGCAACAGGCUUUAGAGAUUUGCGAAGAGGCUCUCGGGGCCCUGGCUAUCACUUUUCCCUUGAAUUCUCCGACCCUGGAUUUGCUCGUCUUGUUUAAUCCCAUUUCGUGCCUUGUUUGCAUUCUUCGGGAAAGUAAUCCAGAGGGGAAAAACAGCGCUGUUGCGCUUCUUCAAGAAAUGGUUUCCAAGGAUAAGUACAGAGACAUGAUAGGAGGAACAGAUGGACUAACGGAGGGACUAGUGGGGCUUCUGAGAGAACCCAUAUGCCCAGCGGCUACAAAAGCAAGCCUUGCGACUAUUUACAACAUUGCUUUGAGGAAAAAGUACAGGAGCAAAGUUGUACAAGCAGGGGCUAUUCCUCUUCUGGUGGAGAUGCUUGUACAGGCAGACAGGGGCAUUUGUGAGAGGGCAUUGCUGGCGCUUGAUAUCCUUUGCAAUUGCACGGAAGGCCGAUUGGCUGCAUGUGGCAAUGCUUUGACUGUAGCAGUGGUUGCGAAGAAAAUAUUGAGAGAAUCAGAUUUGGCGAGCCAGCUGGCAGUUUCUAUUUUGUGGAAUAUUUGCCAGAAUUCUUCUGAUGGUGGAGCUGUGGUGGAGGCUGUGCAUGCAGGCGCCUUUGACAAGCUGUUGGUGUUAAUGCAGGUGGGAUGUUCUGAUAGAACUAAGGAUAAAGCAACUAAGCUGCUCAAACUUCUCAACGCGCAUACACAUGAUUUGGAUUGCGCGCACACAAUCCAUAUGCAUUUUGUCAAGCGUUCUUACUGAAAUCUGGCGUGAUGCCCAUAGAUUCUGUUAGACAAAUUUUUUUCUGUAAAUUAUACUUGGAUUCUUUUUGGGACGCUCUUUGAAGGGCACACAGUUUCCCUUACCAAAAUUCUUUUGUAGCUAAAAUUUUAUACAUUUCAUCAAUUCUACAAAAAUAUAAAAAUACGAUUCAAGAAGAUUGUGUUGGA